ACACUAUGAAGGCAUAGCCUCACCGAGGUCCCCGUUUUUGCAGUAGGGAUCACAGUUUUUUGGGGCGGUUAGUUUCGAUGCAUCUGCAGAAAAGACACCCUAUCCCAGAUGUUUCGGGCCCUUACGCCGAGGGCCGACCCCAAAGGGUUAGGGGCACCUUCAUUGUUUAUCAAGAGACGCCUGGCCAGAGUUGCCCGUGGUGCUCGGCGUACGGGGGGCGUUCGGGGGACUGGGCCAGACUUUGGCACGCAGGAGCGUCAUUGCCGCCGCGCGCGCCGCGCACCAUAAGACAUCCUUGCCUAGGGUAACUCUUGCGCGCAGCCGAAAGAUGGCUGCAAAGGCCGCGCGCGCGCCGCCGGCGGGCGAGCUGCGCGGGCCUCGCCUGGACGCGCUCCUGCAGGGGAUGCCGACCCCCCUCCGCCUGGGCCAGCGGGCGGCCGCUCGGGCCGCCGCACAGGCUCUCGAGUCGCCCGCAGACGGCUCCGCCGCCGGCGUGCGCGAGGAGGCCAUGCCAGCCGUGGCAGACCCAGGUGUCCAGGCCGCCCAGGAUGGGGUCGAAGGGAUGGGUCGGUGGAUCGCGCCGCAUCGCCGAUGCGUCGGCGAUGCGGCUCGGCGUGGAGCACGAUGUUCUCCACGCCGACGUCGCCGAUGUUGCCCACGCCGAUGUAACGGAGACGCGGCGCGAUCCACCGACCCCAGUUGCUUCGGCCCCCUUUGGGCGUUCUCUAAUCAUUGUGCGCGUUCCACUUCUCGCAAUUUUCCUACUCGCAAACGCCCGGAGAAAAGCAUGUUCGCCUCGAUGCAAUGGGCUCGGCGGAGCCAGGCCACUUGCGAGUAGUUAGUCACUUUGGGAGUAGUGGAACGCGCUCGUCUAUCCAAGGUGCCGCCGCUGACAUACCCCCACCAGUUCGCGACAGUAUGGGCAGAGCCGCACCCUCUGACGCGCAGCCUUUUGCCAUGUCAGCGGGGCCCGCCCGCCUCGUCGACGCCGGGCAGACCCCAAUGGGUGCGCAUGCGCCGUGACUUAUAACUUAUAACUUCUCAUUCUGUACAUAUGCAAAUAUGUAUGUACGCGUGUAUGUGUGUAUGUAUGCACGUGUGCACGGUUGCACGCUUAUGUGUGUAGAAUGAUGGGUAAUACCAGCUGCUAUUUGGAGCCCUCUGCCCAAAAAUCGUGGGACAGGGGAGCAUCGGCAUAGCAUCGGCAUGAUCCCGCCAGCUUUCUGUUACCAUUUGUCCCCCUUUCCGCGUGCCGCCAGCUUUCUGUUACCAUUUGUUCCUUCCCAGCGUGCCGCCAGCUUUCUGUUACCAGGACAGGUAUGUGAUACAUUUUCUGCCACUGUGUUGCAGGACUUCUGAAUACGCCAGAGCGGCGACAGCUUAAAUUGCCACAUUGCGCCGUCUUAGUGUCGCGGGGGUGGUGGCAACGCCACUUCUGCGAAGCCUCGCGCGGGUGGUGACAACGCCACUCUUGCGAGGCAAGUUUUCGCCCGGAACUCUUUGGCCCAAGUUUGGUGCGCUGUGUUGAAAAAUGGUCCAUCAGCGUACCGAGGAGAGCGAACAAGAUCGCCUAUCCGUUCGCCUCGCUAUCUCGGUAAACACCCCACUGAGAUUGAAACUCCGACUACCCUUACCCUCCCAUUUGAAACCAGUGGAGGAAGAGAGGGAGAUGUCGGACACGUAUCGCUG